AUGGCUGCUGCAGGGGGUCCCAUCCAGAAUCUUUGUGACGAAGCCACGUGCUCCAUCUGCCUGGAUUACUUCAAGGAUCCAGUCACCAUCGCAGAGUGUGGGCACAACUUCUGCCGAUCCUGCCUGAUCCUGUUCUGGGGGGAAUCGGAGGCAGAGGCUUCCUGCCCUCACUGCAGAAAAACAGUCCAGAGAAGGAGCCUCAUCCGCAACAGGCAACUGGCAAACUUCGUAGAAUUAAUCGAGAAUCUCAGCCUUCAAGAGGGAAAGGAGGAAGGAGGGAAAUGAGGAGUCUGCGAGAAGCACCAGGAGCUCCUGAAGCUCUUCUGCACGGAGGAUGAAGCCCCCAUCUGUCUGGUGUGCGACAGAUCCAAGGACCACAAACAUCACGAAGUGAUUCCUCUGGAGGAGGCUUCCAAGGAAUACAAGGUAGGAGAUCUCUGGAUCUGGAGGGGGAGAAAUAGCUGUGGAUUCUUCUUGGGAGGUUUUAAUUUUAAUUCUCCGGUCCAAAGUAGGCAUGGCAUGAAUUGGUGGUGGUUUAGUACGGUAGAAGCAGCCCAGAGGAGGCAGGAGGUCUGGGAGGAAGGAGUUGAAGUCUGUCUCUCUGCCAAAGGGAUCUUCCCUUGAAAUACUCACAGCAGCUUCAAAGAUUUGAACUGGUACCAUGGCGGGGAGAGAAAGGGUUAACCUCAUCCACAUCCCCCAGCAGGUUGCUUUGUACAUAUGAAGAACACUACAAAUGUACAUUGCACAUACACAACUAAGUACAUGUCUCUUUUGGCUAGCAGGAUGCCUCCUCAAUGCCCUGCAAAGCAGAGAGCAGCAAGGGAUCAGCGGGGGGGGGGGGGGGACUGGUGGCCAGGAAUUGACCACAUAGUGCAGGAUCCCUGCCCCCCAAGUAUCUGUUGGACGCAGAUUUAGGAGUGGGGGCGGAGUGGAAGCACCUACUGGUGAGGAGCACGCUUAUUCUGGGGGUGCUGUGGGGCCUGUGCAGUGAGCUUUCAGUGGGGGAGGGGUGUCUGCUGAGGAUCUCCUCCCAUCCCAAAUGGCAAAGGACUCAGUGGUUCAGAGUAGCAUCUGCAAAGACCAGGGGGAAAGAUGACUUUUCCAUGACAACUCAGAAUUGGACCUGUGCUAUUAUACAUAAAAAAAGAAAACCCUCAUUCUGGAUAUGGCCUUAGCCCUUCCUCCUCCUCCUCUUCCCACGUCUCCCUGGGACCUCAAGAUGAGAAGUCAGGCUAGGACUUUCCUUGGAGGAGACAAAGGAGCAAGCAUGGCUGCCUUUGCUCUUCUCCAGACUAGUGUGUUGCACUAGAAAACUUUCCCAUCCCAGUUCUGCCGUGCUUUUCAGCCAGUGUGCUGUGGCACCUGGGGUGCCUUGAAUGAUGCUCAGGGGUGCUGCUGGCAACGCUGGCCUCUGUCCCUCUUUCCUUCCCUCCCAUAGCUGCCUCCCAAAGGCUUGCGCAGCUGUUUGUUGCAGCAGCCCUGGCUACAAGCUCCGCUGGCGAAUGGUGCCUCUGGGGCUGGCCAGGGGGUGUUGGCUGCCAGGAGCUGAGGCGACCUCGGAGGAAGCAAGCAAACUGGCGAGGGGGCCUUGCUGUUGGGAAGGGACAGACAAGUCCCUGUGGGGCAGCGUGAGGAGGCAUCUCUUUGGGGGCAGCUCAGAGACCCAGAGGAGGACUCCUAAGGAGAGGGGAGAGGAGGCUGAGAGAGCCCUCCAGAAGGGAGGGUGUUUGAGAGGGUGUGGGGCUGCAAGCAAGGGGGGACCUAACUGGGAUCCUGAGCCCCCCCACAGGGACACCGCAGAAAGAAGGAAGUUGGUCCAGGAAGCCAUGGACCCAAAAACGUUGUGCUUUUAUUUCCUCUAGUAAACUGCAGUGGCACCUCGAGUUACAGAGGCUUCAGGUUACAGACGCUUCAGGUUACAGACUCCUCUAACCCAGAAAUAGUACCUCGGGUUAAGGACUUUGCUUCAGGAUGAGAGAAAUUGUGUGGCGGCAGCGAGAGCCCCAUUAGCUAAAGUGGUACCUCAGGUUAAGAACGGUUUCAGGUUAAGAACGGACCUCUGGAACAAAUUAAGUUCUUAACCCGAGGUACCACUGUACUUCGCUAUUAUAGCAAGGCCACUGGACCCAAGAAGCCUGUAUAAUAUUCAUCUCCUCUCUCUGUGUCUCAAUAAAACCAAAGUUUCCCUUUUUCUUUUCAGGGAGAGAUCUGUCACCGCUUGGAGAUUCUGAGGAAAGAGAGAGAGGAAAUUCUGGCCUAUCAAGCAGCCCUGGACAAGGAAAGCAAAGACCUCCUUGUAAGUGCCACUCUUGUUACUAGGGGGGGAACAAGCACUUGAAGAAUUGAGUCAGGACUGUGGAAGGAUGGGGAAAUCUGCCCAUUUCAACUUCCCCCCAUUCUCCUUUUCCAUAUCAGUUUGUUUGUUUCCUUAUUAUUAUUAUGAAAAUGAAUAAAAUGCUAAGGUGGCUACCUUCUUGUAUAAAUAUUUUGAUACGUACUUUACCCUCAUAAAUACAUUUUUGUGAACGUUACCUGGCUGGGUCAACCUUGAAAAAUUCAGAGGUGUGAAUUUCAAAAGAUUGCUCUGUUUCAGUCUCUAUAUUUCAGUCUCCAUCACCUUUCAAUGCAGCUAAAUUGAGUUUAUUUCCCCUUGUCAUUUAUUAUGUGAAUAGCAGUCAAGGAGAAGCCUGAGGACUUGUGAGCUGAGAGGGUGGAAGUGGUUCAAUUCAAAUCCUGAUUUACCAUAAAUAUUACUAAAGAGUUAUCUUUCUGAAUGUGCACUCUUGUUCAUUUUUAGGAAACUCAGGCUAUUUUGAACCUUUAAAGAAAACAGGGGAGCAAUGGGGAUGAAGUCUGCACUGUCCUCCUCCUCCUGUUUCUGCAGUUUUCCUACACCUAAAUUGCACCAGCCUAAGCUAAGGGGUGUUUUAUGUCCCUGGGUGAUCUCUGAACAACUCUGAACUCUGGUUAUGCCAUGCCCAAAAACAUGCAGGGAACACCCAUGGCUAGGAAAAAGGUCCUUCCUUUAGGCUGUAGCUCUCUGCAAAAGAGAAGUCAACAGAAACAGCAAUGGAGAGGGCCUGCCCUAAAAAUAAAGGUUUACUUCUUUAGCCACUGGAGGUUUCAUGCCUCUGAAAAAUCAGAAGUGUCCUCCCUGUGGAAUUUUCACUAUUCUCUUCCUGAUGUCUUGAAGGCUGAGCACCUUCCACACUCAGACCUCCUCUUUUCUUGCAGAAAUUAACAGAAACGGAGAGGCUGAAGACUAUGGAGAAGUUCAGAGAAUUGCGCCAGUUCCUGGAAAAACAAGAAAAACGUCUGCUGAAUGAUGUGGAAGAGGUGGAGAAGGAGAUUGCAGGGAGAAGGGAUGAGCAGCUGGCCAGACUCUCCAGGAAUCUCUCCUCUCUUGAGAGGAUCAUCCAGGAGAUGGAGGAGAAGAGUCAGCAGCCAGCGAGUGAACUCCUGCAGGUAAGAUGGUGGCAGGAACAGCCCAAGGCUCCAGGAGAAGGCUGCCUCUAAUCCUUCAUGUGCCCCUUUCAUGUAUACAAGGAGUGCAGGGACUCAGUUGACGGAGCCUCUAGUCAGGUUUGUAAUGGACAGGAAGACCCAAGAGACCUGGGACUCACCUGAAUGCAGAGUAGAGAUUCGUCUGUGUUCUUGAUGGAACGGGAGCUGAUCUUCUGCUCUUUGCUGAUGCUUUGUCUCCGAAUGCCCUUCAGCUGUGAUGCGGAAAUGUGAAGAACUUGAUACUAGAAAAAUUCAUAAUUUCAGAAUGGAAAAAUAAAAGCUGUGAGAAAUGAAAACUGGCUGAUUCAGCCAUUCCUACCCAAAACCUUGGCGUGUGCCAGGCAGACUGACAUCCGAGGGGCAGGGUCUGAGGGGGUCUUCCUAGUGUGGCCUGUGGUGUGCAAUGAAUUCCCUUCUCCUUUUCCCUCUAGGAUGUGAGAAGGACCUUGCAGAGGUAAGUGGAUCUGGCUCAUUUCCAUUAGCAUCACUCUUUGAAGCUGAGAUGCCAGAACCUCAGACAUGGCCCUCCAGGGGCUGCAGGGGGGAGACUGUGGGACUCACUCCCUGCAGCACCUCACAGGUAAAAGUAGAGCCCCCUCUUCUGAACUUGUAGCCCCCCAAUUCUCCCUCCAAGGAUCAAGGUCAACUGCCUCCUCCCUCCCUCCCCACAUCACUUCACAAAGGGAUGGGGGAUCUUUUCUUUCUCUUGGACUUUCUGUUCAUGGACUUUGUGGUAAUUUCAAACAUCUAGAAGAGAAAGUGCCAAAGAUGCUUCGGAAGAGUUUAGGACCUAUUUCAAUGUCCAACUAGAAGCCCCCCAACUCUGGUAACUCAGCCCCUUUGAGGCACAGAGAGAGGGAAGGUCUGUUGGUCUAGAAUGGGUGGGUUCUUUUUCUUGGGAGCGUUUCCACCGUGAGAGGCUGAAGGUGGUCUUGAGUGGGGGGUGAAAGUCUGGUUGUUUCCUGCCUCUGGAGGGAGAAUCCAAUGGGACAUGGGGUUGUGCCCUUCCUGGGUGAGAGAGGGAGUGAAGGGAGGGUGGAGGUUGUUUUCCUUGACCACUUGGCAGCUUUUGACAUCACUCACAUCCUCUGGGGAGGCUCAGGGAGGGAGGGGUUGCAGGCAUUCCACCUCAGGAGUUUGGUUCUUAAGUCCUGGCAUCUUCCCAGAAAGCUGUUAGGGGGCAGCAUAGUUUGAAGCCAUGGGAGCCCUCCGGUGGUGUCGCUUGGGGUUACAUCCUGUCCCCUGUGCUGUUGAGCAUCCUUACAUAGCCACUGAUAGCUGUCCUCAGGGGUUUCGGACUGAGGUCUCAUCUGUGGUGGAAAUAAACCUGGUGGGAAAUAAACUUCCACUUUGUUCGUCUUAUUGAAAUCACCUGCAAGAAUUAGGGAGACGGGGCCACAAUGGGGCCAUUCACUGUUUUUCUUUUCACCAGGUAUGAGGAAAGAGAGAGUCUGGAGAAGCCACUGGCUUUCCCUUCAAAACUGAGGAACAGGAUCUUGGAAUCCUGUGAUCUAAAUCACCUUGUGAAGAAUACAAUGAAACAAUGGAAAGGUAAUGAAUAAUGGCUGCCAGGAUUUCACACUGGGAAUUCUGUUACUUCUUCAGAACUGAACACGCCAGGCUUUUAUUGCAUGGAAUUGAGUAACCCCAGGAUACCUUCCUUCUUGGUGCUCCAGCCUUCAUUUCCUGUCCCCCAGAAUGGCCCAUGUAUAUUGUGACGCUGGAUCCUGUAAAGAAAGCCUGAACCAGAGUGUAGAGCAAAGUCAGGUUUUUUUCAUCCAGUGUGCAUCUGUUUAUAAUUAUAUGGAACCUCCUUUUCCUUGUGGUUCCCUGUCUGCACAAUCUGAGUUUGUCCUUUUGGAGGUUCUCCUGCUCUGAAUGGAGUCAAAGGGCAUUAAGAAGCCCCCAGUUCCCCCUCUGCCUCCUGCUCAGGCUUGUUUCUCAGCUGUGGAGCCAAGGCCUGAACCGUCUCCUCCUCAGACGUCCCCCUGCAGCUGCCAUAUCUAGGGCUUCAGCCUUCAAGAUCUCCUGAGAGUUCCCCCAUUGAGAGAGGAAGCAAGAGCACAUGAGCCCCAAAGGGCACAAUUAUGCUUGUGAAGAACCUUAAAGAUUUGUAGAAGGUUUGUGAGGAAGGGCUUCCUUCUUCAUGAGAGCUUUGCCAAUCCUUCCUCAUCAACCUUCACUUCUCCUUACGUUUCACAAUUUUGGCUUUAAUGAUUCCCCCCACCACUUUACUUGGGGAAGAUGUUAAGGCUGCCUCCAUCUCCCCUCUGCAUCCUUUUACGGGAUUCCUCUUGCUCUGCCUCCCCUCCAGUCCUCCAAUGUAGAGCCCAAUUUCAGGGACAAAAUUCAGAGACCAGCAGGAUAUAUUGUGAAUGUUUUUAUUCUGCUAUUUGUAAGCUUGCUUUAUUAUUGCUGUGUUUUAAAGCUUUAGUUAUUUUCAUAGAUUCUUCCUAUGAUAGUAGAAUUUAAGGAUGCCACGUUAUGAAGUGUUACUUUUGUAUGGAUAUUUAUUUCUGGUGGAAGAGUGUUGCCCUUACACUUUAUAUCUUUCUGCUUCCUCAGAUGCUCUGCUAUUCAGUGAACAGAUUCAGAAAGGUAAAUUUCCAGGGGAGGAACAAUUUCACAGGAGGGAUGGGGACUGAUAUUUCAUGGGUGUUGAACCGUCUGCUCUGCAGACUUUGGGACCCCCAUCAAUGGCGUCACUCUGGGAAACACCCCUCUAGUGGUGUUUGGGUUCCUUGUCUGUCCCAUGAAUGAACUGGGAGAGGGUUUGAAGGCUUGGACUGGGGGCAGAGCUUGGCCCUGCGAAGAACCUGCACACCAGUCUGAGUUCCAUUUCUGCCUAUAGACCAGUGGUGGCAAACCUAUUAGGGACCGAGUGCCCAAACUGCAACCCAAAACCCACUUAUUUAUCACUAAGUGUCAACACGGCAAUUUAACCUGAAUACUGAGGUUUUAGUUUAGAAAAAAACAACCCAUACAUUAACACCUUUGGUAUUAAAAGAAAAACACAAUAACAGAGCUUUCAAUGAUACAAACUUUUUAUUAAAAGGUAAAAGUUUGUAUUUGGCAUGCUUUUGAACAAUUAAUGUGAUUUUUGCUGCUGUAUGCAUGUUGAUAAUUUGUCUAACCUUGGCUCAUACUUUGUAAGUUUGAGAGCAACACAUGCAUCACUCAAGUCAUCUGUUUCUGGUGUCAGAUUUGGUAUAAUUCAAAGCUGAAAACAGCUGGUCACAAGCAUAAGAUGAUCCAAACAAAGUAAGGAAAGCAAUCCCAAGUACUCUGAUUGAUUUAAAAUUAUUUGGCAGACUAUUGCACACUAGGGACGCGAGUGGCACUGUGGGUAAAACCUCAGUGCCUAGAACUUGCCGAUCGUAUGGUCGGCGGUUCGAAUCCCCGCAGCGGGGUGAGCUCCUGUCUUUCGGUCCCAGCUCCUGCCCACCUAGCAGUUCGAAAGCACCCCUAAGUGCAAGUAGAUAAAUUGGUACCGCUUUAUAGCGGGAAGGUAAACAGCGUUUCCGUGUGCUGCGCUGGUGCUGGCUCGCCAGAGCAGCUUUGUCACACUGGCCACGUGACCCGGAAGCGUCUCCGGACAGCGCUGGCCCCCGGCCUCUUAAGUGAGAUGGGCGCACAACCCUAGAGUCGGACACGACUGGCCCGUACGGGCAGGGGUACCUUUACCUUUAUUGCACACUAAGGAUUUCAUUUUCAGAACUAACUGUGCUUUCUUUUGUCAUUCUUUCUAUCUUCUCAAGUGUUUCACGCAGGUCACAGAAUUUAUUUUUCCAGACAGACUAUUAUCCUGGUUUCCCCCUCAAUUUUAUAGAUUUUGCUUUAUUUCAUAAAAUUUAUAUACUGUUUAGAAAAUGCCUCGGUUGAGAGGAGGGAAGGCACAAUACACAUCGAAUAUUAGAAAGUGAAGGAAACUGAUUUAAAAACCAUCAAGGAAUAUAUUUAUUCUGAUGAGAGUCUGCAAGGAGGAGUCUCAGUCUAGCAUGCGAUGCAAAGAAAUCCCCUUGAUCUGAAAGGGAUUCUGGGGUUUUCGGUUUUUUUAAUGAAGAUGUCCAUUUCUGUCUCUGAGCUGACUCUGCCUAUUCUUCUUUUUCCCUCAUCUUUUCCCCAACAGCAAAUGUCACUCUGGAUCCAGACACAGCCCAUCCCAGCCUCAUCCUGUCGGAGGAUGGGAAAAGCAUGAGAUUGGGAGACAAACCUCAAGCCCUGCCUGAUAAUCCUGAGAGAUUCAGUGACUGGCCUUGUGUGUUGGGACGUGAGGGAUUCACAGCAGGCAGACAUUUCUGGGAAGUCACUGCGAGAAGUGGGGAAUGGUGGGGUUUGGGGGUUGCCAGGGAGUCUGUGGAGAGAAAGGACUAUUUCAACUUCAAUCCUGAGACAGGGGUCUGGGCUGUGGGGAUGUGGGGAGGGGAGUACUGGGCCUGCACCUCCCCAGAUGACUCUCCUCUGUCCCUGUUUUGGGAGCCCAGGAGGAUCCGGGUGACUCUGGACUAUGAAGGGGGACGUGUGUCUUUUUCUGACGCUGACUCAGGAGCCGAACUCUACACGUUCUCAGAAGCCUUGUUCUCUGGAGAGACCCUCCUGCCUUAUUUUCUUCUGUGGGGAAAUGAAGCCCACCUCAUUAUCUCCUGA